AUGAGUGCAAACAUGCAUAUUUAUCUCAUUGGCGAUCAGACCGCCAGCAUCUUUGAAGAAUUCCAGAAUCUUCUCCAUGAUCGUGAAGACGCCUUUUCACAGAGCUUCCUGAAUCAGGUCUACUUUCUCCUCCGGGCCGAAGUGGCUAAAGUUCGCGGGAUACAUUCGGAUUCACUGCCGAGAUUUUCGAGCCUUGCCGAUUUGCUGUUGAUUCGACGCGAUGGGAAGCUCCAUGCGUCUUUGGACCAGGCCCUCGCGUGUGCCUUUCAGAUUGCAACAUUCAUGAGUCGAUGUGGCAAAUCUGGCGGGUUAUAUCCUCAACCAGGCGACUCCUACGUGGUGGGACUGUGUACGGGAACACUAUCCGCGGCAGCAAUCUGUGCCUCCAGGACUCUGACGGAAUUGAUCCCGGCCGGCUUGAAAGCCGUCACUGUAGCUUUCAAGACAGGGCUCCUGGCCCAGAAAAUGGCCCAAGUGGUUGAAAAGCCGAGUAAACUGGGUCGAGACAAUUCCUGGUCCGCCGUAUUUUGCGGCAUAGGCCAUGCAUCUGCCGACGAGAGCAUUCGAAUAUUCUCUGAUGAACAUGCAUUGCCACCAUUGUCAAUGCCGUUUGUUAGCGCUGUGGCCGAGAAUAAUGUUACCGUAACCGCUCCACCCUCGGUGAUGGUCUCCUUGAAGAAUUCAGCAUCAUUUUCACAGUACCGCAAUAUCACUUUGCCGUUGCAAGUGCCAUACCACAGCCGUCAUCUCUUUACGGAGAGCGACAUUUUAUCCAUCCUAGAUUCCACAAACAUUGAUGAUUGCUAUAACCGGCAACCAUUUCUGCCCUUAGUGAGUGGAUACACGGGGAAAACCGUUUGGGCCGGAACCUUUCGUUCUCUCUUAGAAGCCUCCCUCCAGGAUAUUCUCUUGAACCCCAUCCGCUGGGAUCUUGUUGCACCUCGUGUUGCGAAAAUGGCCCUGUCCGUGUCCGAAUCGUUUCCUGCGGUUCACCCCAUUGCUACUGGCCUUGGCCGCUCUCUCACAAAGGCCAUGGAAUUCGAAGCGGGUCCGAGCUUUUCGCGCACCCAGGAACCCCGUAGCAAACCUGAAAGUCCGUCGGCUGGAAUCAAAUCUAGAGUAUCUAGCGGGACUGCAGGAUCCAAAAUUGCGAUUGUUGGGAUGUCUGGUCGAUUCCCUGGCGGUGGGGAUAGCAAUGAGUUAUUUUGGCAGCUCCUUCGAGACGGGGUGGAUACGCACAAGGUCGUUCCUGCGCGCAGCUGGAAUGUCGAGACGCACACGGACCCAACAAUGAAGCGGAAAAACACAGCUGCAACGCCAUAUGGAUGUUGGCUGGACCACCCGGAGCUGUUCGACAAUCGAUUCUUCUACAUUUCCCCCCGGGAAGCGCCGCAGGUCGACCCUGCCCAACGUCUGGCCCUCAUGACGGCCUACGAGGCUAUCGAGCAAGCGGGAAUUGUUCCCGACGGUUCACCCUCCACCCAGAAGGACCGUGUUGGAAUAUUCUAUGGAUGCACAUCUCAAGAUUGGAUGGAAACCAAUUCUCCCCAGAAUAUUGAUACCUUCUAUAUUCCGGGCGGAAACCGAGCCUUCAUCCCAGGCCGCAUCAACUACUUCUUCAAGUUCAGUGGUCCGAGCCUCUCCAUCGACACAGCAUGCUCGUCAAGCUUGGCUGCAAUCAAUGUGGCGUGUCUAUCCCUAUGGAAUGGAGACACCGAUUGUGCUAUUGCAGGAGGGACCAACGUUCUUACAAACCCGGACCCCACAGCUGGACUGGAUCGGGGGCAUUUCUUGUCUCGCACUGGGAACUGUAAGACGUUCGACGAUGGGGCCGACGGAUACUGCCGUGGUGAAGGCGCUGCCACAGUCAUCUUGAAGCGUCUGGAGGAUGCUCUGGCGGAAAACGACCCCAUCCAAGGGGUGAUCUGUGGCGCCUUUACAAAUCAUUCGGCAGAGGCGGAGUCCAUCACGCGACCCCAUGUUGGUGCCCAGCGCGCGAUCUUUCGGAAGGUCAUGGAUCAGGCUGGAGUGGAUCCUCAAGAUGUCUCGUAUGUGGAAAUGCACGGCACUGGCACCCAGGCAGGUGACGCAGCCGAAAUGUCCAGCGUCCUUCAUGUGUUCGCUCCCGAAGGCGCCAAACCACGCAAGGACGAUCACAAGCUUUACCUUGGAUCGGCCAAGGCCAAUAUUGGCCAUGGAGAGGCGGUGUCUGGAGUGUCCAGCUUGGUCAAAGUACUCAUGAUGCUCAAGAAAAAUGAAAUCCCUCCACAUAUCGGCAUCAAGACAAAGAUCAACCACCGCUUCCCAGCCGACUUGACAGAGCGCGGAGUCCACAUCGCCCGUGAGCCCACCGCCUGGAAUUGGACAAAAGGUCAACGAAAGGCAUUCAUCAACAACUUCAGCGCCGCGGGUGGAAAUACUGCCAUCCUCAUCGAGGAAGCACCCCCAGUUCGGACUCUGGAAGGACGCGAUCCACGCUCCACGCACGUUGUAGCCGUGUCUGCCCAAACCGCGCCGUCCCUCAAGGCAAAUAUGGAGGCCCUUAAGGCCCAUAUUUCUACACUCCCCAAUACGGAGAACGUCUUGGCCCAGCUGUCCUACACUACAACCGCGCGAAGGAUGCACCACAUGUACCGGCAUAUAGUCUAUGGAUCAACGCUGAGUGACAUCAAAGCACAGUUGCAGUCUGCCAUUGACGCGGAUGCUGGUUCCAAGAGGGUCGUUGCUACCCCCAGCGUCGUGUUUGCCUUCACAGGCCAGGGGUCCCAAUAUCCAGGGAUGGCCAGGCAAUUGAUGAAUGAUGUUGACUCGUUCAGGAUGGAUAUUGCUAAAUACGAGCAGGUCGCAAUUGCCCAAGGGUUUAGCCCCUUCAAGCACAUUCUGACCGCCAGUGACGGGGAGUCUACAGAUUACCCGCCAACAGCUGUUCAGCUGGCAAUUGUGGCUCUCGAGAUGGCGCUGUUUAACCUGUGGCGGUCCUGGGGCGUGUCCCCUACCGCCGUUGUCGGACAUAGCUUGGGAGAAUAUGCUGCUCUCAAUGCGGCGGGUGUCCUCUCCGACUCCGAUACCAUCUAUCUGGUUGGAACUCGUGCGCAGCUCCUGGAACGCCACUGCUCCCAGGGCACCCACAGCAUGCUUGCCGUAAAGGCCGCUGCUGAAAGUGUCGCACCUCAUCUGACAGGUUCGGCUGUUGAAGUUGCGUGCAUCAAUGGUCCCCAGGACGUGGUCCUCAGCGGCCGGGCCGACAUUGUCAAUAAGUUCCAGAAACGCCUUGCCGAGCUAGGAUUCAAGUCGACAUUAUUGAAGGUCCCGUUCGCUUUCCAUUCAUCCCAGGUGGAUCCUCUCCUAGCGGACUUUGAGGCUAGCUACGCUGGUGUCCGUUUCUCCGAUGCCACCGUUCCGGUUCUCCGUCCUCUUACAGCGGAUGUGACCACGGAAGGCAAAGCCUUCUCCGGAGAUUACCUUGCGCGUCAUUGCCGCCAGAAGGUCGACAUGCUUGGGGCCGUACGGACUGCAGAACAACAAAAAGUCGUGGCCGCGUCGAGCGUUCUUAUAGAACUUGGUCCUCAACCUGUGGUGUCCGGGAUGUUCAAAUCCACAGUCCCAUCUGUCACUGCAUUACCAACACUGAAACGGGGGGGCGAUACUUGGUCACUGAUUCCACCCGCCAUGGCAGCGCUAUACAACAACGGCGUGGCUGGCCUGAAAUUUGCCGAAUACCAUCGUCCUUUCCCGGCGUCGCAUCGAGUGCUGGAGUUGAACUCCUACUCCUGGUCUUUGCAGCCGUUCUGGAUGCAGUAUGAGCAUGAUUGGAGUCUCAAGAAAGGAGAUCCGCCGACAGCAGCGAGCGCAGUGCCGCUUCCGCAGAGCAAGCCGUUCCAGCAACUUGAGCAACAGCCAGAACCGCCCAAACCAAAGGCGAUGACGCUCAAAACCACGACGGUUCAUAAAGUCGUCGAAGAGAAACUCGAUGGAUCCGGUGGAUCGCUGAUCACGGAGUCCGACAUUGCCAGUGAGGAGCUAUCCGGGUUUGUCAAGGGCCAUGUCGUCAACGGGGUCCCACUCUGCACUCCAUCGGUCUAUUGUGACAUCGCGCUGACGAUCGGGAAGUAUCUGCGCGACAAGUACCGGAAUGAAUGGGCUUCUUCGCUAGUCGAAGUCUCAGACAUGGUUGUAGAACGGGCCCUGGUCGCUCAGACCCAAGGUCCACAAUACCUUCGCGCAGUCGCCCGGAUUGAUUGGAGUACCAAGUCCAUUACCACUGGAUUUCACAGUGCUGAUGCGGCGGGAAAUCUGCUGGCGAAACAUGCUGCGUGCGUCAUUCGUUACAGCAAGCCCGAAGUCUCGAAGGACUUGGCGACUGAAGCGAAAGCGUCGCGAGAGCGGAUCGAUCGUCUCUACGAUGGGCUGGCGAAACGUACCACAUACCGAUUCAGCAAAAAUAUGGCCUAUCGAGCUGUGUCUGCACUAGCUACAUUUGAUCCGGACCACCAGGCAGUUACCGAAGUGGUCCUGGACAGCGACAACCGAGAGAGCUCGAGCACCGUGAACCUCUCUCUUAUCAAGAAAGGCGGUGAUUUCCACACCCAUCCGGCGUUUAUUGACAAUAUUUCGCAGGGGGGUGGGUUUGUCAUGAACUGCAAUGAUGAUGCGGACCUGACGAAGCACAUCUAUGUGAAUCACGGUUGGCGGUCGUACUUGGAGCUGGAACCGCUGGAUCCAUCCAAGACUUACAUGACCCAUGUGCAGAUGAAGGAGGGCGAAGGGGGCAUGUGGGAAGGUAAUGUACUGGUCUUCAACGGCGAUAAGCUCGCGGCCCGGUUCGGUCGUGUGUUGCUUCAAGGCGUCCCACGACGUUUGAUGAAUAUGAUACUUUCUCAGGAGUCUGGUUCAAAGGCCCCAUCGAAGCAGGCGACGAAGAGUCAGCCCCAGCCGAAGCCCCAGCCCUCACAAACUGCAGCAAUACCGAAGCCAGGACCACCAACCAGUGCGCCAGUGCCCGCAGCAGAGUCCCCAUUGCUGUCAGUCCGCAAGGCGGACAAGGUAGCUAAGCCAUCAUCAGGACGGAUCGAGAAAGUGAUUGCAAUAUUGAGUGAGGAGAGUGGUGUUCCGUCGAACGAGCUGACCGAUGAGACCAACUUUGCUGAUAUCGGAAUUGACUCGCUUCUCAUCACCAUCGUCUCUGGCCGCCUGAUGGAGGAGCUAGAUAUUGAUAUCGAUUCGAGGGAGUUCUUGGACGAGCUCCUCACCGUCAAGGACCUGAAGAGAAGGUUGUCCGAAGGUGAGCCCGAGGAUGAGGCUAGUGAAAUAGAGGCAGCAAGUGCUCCCCCAAUCGAGGUCAAUUAUGUUGCACAAGAAGCACGGCCAGAACCAGUCGUCCCACAACCCGCGCUGAGAACAACGCAGGCUCCCCAGGUGGACUUCGAACCAAUGCUUAAGAUCAUAUCAGAGGAAAGCGGAGUUCCCUUGGAAGAAUUAACGGAUGAUGUCAAUUUCGCCGAUGCCGGUAUUGACUCUCUUCUCUGCGUCCUGAUCACCGGUCGCUGGCAAGAAGAACUUUCCUUGGAGGUGGAUUCCACCACUGUGUUCUCCGAGAUGGAGACCAUAAGAGGGUUGAAGAACUAUCUGGCGUCGAUACUGGGGGUUCCAGAAGUGCCUGUUGAGCCUCAGAUCUCUGCGUUGGGGCAUACGGAUUCCGGCAGCGCCACCAGUUUGGUUCCCGAUGACACCGGCGAAUCAUCGACGGAUGAGGACCGUUCGUGGAAAGGCCUCACGCCAGCCACAACGCACAGCGGCCACUCGACGCCUCCCCCAUCCACUGCCGCCGCAGAGAAGCUACGCAUAGUGGAAGAAUCCCGGCCCCCUCGCCGUGCCAUCCCCGACGAACAGGUCCCGAAAGCCUCGUCCUUGCUUUUGCAGGGGCGGCCACGUACAGGAGUGAAGAACCUGUUCCUGUUCCCCGACGGUUCUGGCUCUGCGUCCUCCUACAGCCGAAUGGGGAAGCUCCAGGCAAACGUGGCCGUCAUUGGGCUGAACUGUCCUUAUGUGCGCAACCCUGAGGCGAUGACAUGUACCCUGGACCAAAUGAUCCGCCGCUACCUGGAUGAAAUACGCCGACGUCAGCCGAUCGGUCCGUAUAGUCUUGGUGGUUGGUCAGCGGGUGGCAUUCUGGCGUACCGCGCCGCACAGGAGCUCAUACGCGAAGGGGAGACAGUAGACGACCUCGUCCUUCUCGAUUCCCCGGAGCCAAUCGGUCUGAAUAAGCUGCCCCAGCGCUUCAUUGAUCACCUGGAGUCGUGUGGACUCUGGACGGAUGGGAGUGCCGGGAACAAAGAGAAUACACAGCUCUCAGCCCGAGUGGCCGCCCACUUUGAUGCCAUCAUGGACCUCCUCUGCGACUACUACGCCGACCCGCUGCCGGAGGGAUACACUCCCAAGGUAUCGAUACUGUGGGCCACGGAAUGCCUCCUCGAUGGUGUUCGGUUCCCCAAGCUCCCUGCUGGCGACGACGAUGUCGAGGACAUGAAGUUCCUCACCGAGCCGCGAUCCGACUUCUCUGCAGGGCGAUGGGCCAAUUUCUUCCCAGGCGAGGAAAUCUUCAUCGAACGGGCGGCUGGGCUGGAUCAUUUUGGCAUGAUGCGGAGUUCGGACGAAGCUGUAGCACGAUUCUUGGAGAGGGCGUUCGCAUAG